AUGGCAUCCCGCAAAAAGAAGAGCGGUCCCAGUUUACAGCAGGCUUUCGACUCAAUUAGAGAUCUCCUUAUAGCCACGAAGCCUCGCAUUGACAAUGCCGACUCAGCCGCGCAGCCGAUGCUUAUCGAAAACCUCCGCCAAAUAGCUUCCCUGGCCGAAUCUUUCGCGGAACAACGAGGGCGUAAUGCGUCCGGGUGGAUCCACUUAGCAGAUGAGCUUGACCAGGAAGGCGUCAAUCUUUGGAAUAUCUCCGGUUUAGUCCAGAAAUCACCCACAUCGACGGGGAGUGGGAGUGGGAGAAUGAGCUUAGUGGCUGCGUUGCGGCUAGCAGGUUUCCGCUUGAUUGAGGCUGGCCUGGAGUUGAAGCCGGGAAUCGAAAGCCUAAUUCAUAUUCUCCAAUUGGCCAGCAAGACCGGCUCGACCCUAUCAGAAGCGGGAAGCGGGGAGGUUGCUGGAAGUGUGCUUUCGAGUGCGGCGCGGUACGAAGAACUCCUUCGAAAUGCAGAAGACCCUGACAGCACUCACCAUGUCGACCGCGUCUGCGCAACAUUAGUGUACCUUGCAGCUAGGAUGGAAGCGGCUUGGAAGGAGGGAAACCAGAGUGUGGCGUCGUUCAUGGCGCAGAAGAUCACGGAUGACGAACAGCGGCUGUCGGUACUUCCGUCUCCCGAUCAAGAACGUUUAGCAUGCAAAUUCCACGAAAUCGGCAAAGCGGUAUUGAAGACUCACAUUGGUAGUGUUGGCGGCGAUGGAGACGAUUCGGGGGCUGUUGACGCAGUGGCUUGGCUCCAGAAAGCCUUCUCGAUAGCUGAGAGAAUAGGUGCAGAAGAAACGAGUGGAUCGAAGGCCUCACUCAGGAUCGCCAUCCUCCGGACCAUGGCAAGGGCUUACUUCAUUACUGGAUCGUACGACCGAGCUGAGGCCGUGCUCGAUGAACUCAUCCCGGCUGUCGAUGCGCUGGCAGACUCUCGGAGUGGUCGUUCAGAGCAUCAAGAGCUGAGAUGGCUUCGAUUAGCCGUCGUCAAAAAGCGCAAAGCAAGCGGCACAACCCUGUUGGACGCCUUCAAAUCCAUUAUUGACCAUAUGACGUUUUCCGAGUCUAAUAUUACCGAUAUUUUGCAAGAUCUUCGAACCUUAAACCACCAUCAUCAUCAUGUUAUAGUUGCGCAAGUCCAUCUUUACUGCUUACAAGAAGCCCUGCGAUGGGAUGAUACCACCGAGGGUGUUAAUCGCUUACUUCUGUCAUUGAUCGUGCACUGUUCUAAGGACGAAGAUCAUCAACGAGCAAUGGAGACUAUGGAGUCUGUGCUAACGACCGCGCAUGCAACCGAUUUUAAGCUUCUCGAUGUUCCAUCAACGGCAUGCCUUACGCUCCUCUGGCAAUACGGCGACCGACACUUUGCCGCUAAGCGGUUUGGUCCUGCCGCGGAUUGGUUUCUCAUUGGCACCCACGCGCUCUUCCAAACAGCAUGUCCAGCAAGCGCGGCAAAAUGCUUUCGCAAGGCAGCACUCUGUCACAUCGAGCACAAGGAAUAUGCCAGGGCAGCUGCAGUCAUCCGCAAAUGUCCGGUGGGUCUUGGUCAUGCCGAAGCAUCGACACAAUACGUGCUGUUCAUUGCGGCAGUUCAUCAGGGGUUGGAAGAUGAAGCCAUUCGGGCUGUUCGCGAAAUGGUCAAAGCUGUGGACUUUGAUCGCAAGAUGCUAUUACUCGCGACGCAGAUCUCGCAUGAAUCCGAAAUGAAGACGGUGCUAAUAACAGUCCUCGAGGCGCUGCUGAAAACACUCAAGGUCGAGAAGAACAAUGGUGGCGAGACGGUGGUGGAGGCGAUGGCGCUAGUCCGAUGUAUCAUACGGCUGGUUGGGAAGCUGUUGGCCGAGCCAACUGCAAACAAACCACGCCUCAUCGAAACCUUAAUAUCCCACUUCCAAACGGCCAGAGUUCUCGCUCAAGACGCAUUGACGGAAAAGGCAAUUUCGCUCGUCAUCAAGGAUGUCUCGUGGUUAUGGCGGAUGGCUUACAACUGCGCGGUCCAAUGUUGUGCCGAAUGGGAGGAGGGCAACGACGAGCGGGUGUCGGAGCUCUUCGAAGUUGCCAGAGAUCUUCUGACAACGUAUUGUGAGGCAGCAUUGGAUGUUCCCGCUGACGUUCACAUGCAUCUCAUCAACGCGACUUUCUCCGGUGUGUCUGGCCGUGUCUUUGCCGCUCGUUUAUCCGCCACCGACGGCACCAUCGAUGCUAACCGUCUCCGCGAGAAUGGGGCUCGAGUUUCAGCUGCCAAGACAUCCAUCUCAGCGAUCGUCAACAAGAACCUCUUGACUGAGCGGCAAGACAUCACCCGCGCUGAAUAUUUUCUCCACGUUCUCCGUGUGUUCGAGGCGGAGAUUUGGGCUCAGUUGAAGGAAUGGCAACAUCUAUCUCGCAUUGUUGUCGAUGUUGUCGAUUCUGGCCCGCUUGCUGUUGGGACUUAUGAAGCAAUCGCAGACAUCUUGUGGGCCGAAUCUGAUUGCCCAAUUGACGUUCUUCUUGUUGGACUGGAGGCUAUUCUCCGUGCAAGUCUUGAUCACAGCUCUCUGUCGGUCGAAAAGUUCUCCCGGUGGCUGCGCGCCGUGUGCACCAUAAUGCUCGCGCGGAACUCCUCGCAAGAUCGCGUGAAAGCGAUUGGGUUUGUUGAGCAAGCCGUCGCCGUCAUCGCAGACCACCACCAAGAUGACCAGGCGUAUCCGGUCGACGAGCGGAACUGGCUCCUCGGGACGGCGUACAACACGGGCUUUGAAUGUCUCGAGGCAUCGAUGCUGGACGAAGCAAAACGCUGGUUCGAAACAGCCACCCUCCUGUGCAAGUUUGUCCCUGGCGGCGAAGAGCGGGCGGAGAAGAUUUCCGACACCUAUACGCAUCUCUUGGCGCGGUAUAGCUCCAAUGCAGCUUAG